AUGAAUGCUAGUUGUUAUCAAAUCAGCCAUUCAUAUUCAUGCAAAAUUGAGUACAUGAAGUGUAAUUUGCAUUUAAUGAGUGGUAUUCCAAGCAUUUAUUUGUUCUUUUAUUGCUUAUUCAUUUUUUUAUUCAUCUUUUUUUUCUAUGAAAAAAAUAAAUUUGGAUAUCAAUUUAAAAUUGUAGCUGUUGUGAUUGGCGUUGCAAUUAGUAUCAUUGCUAUCGGAUGGUUGUGUUUAUUUAUAUACUACAAUAGUUGUGGCCGACCGUAUGCAAUCAUGAAUGAAAAAACUUCUACAAGUGCUAUUUUUCGAAAAGACAAAUUCAUUCAAACUUCCGAAAAUGAUGAUGGUUCAAAGUUUUCUAAUAUUCAAUCACGAGCAUUCACUGAAAGUGAUAAAGAAAAAAACUCUCAAAACAUAUCUGUCGAUUGUACGUCAUUAGGAACAACCCAAAAAAGAGUAAAAGAUGCUACAGGAACAGACGUAAUAUCAAACGUAGCAGCAAUGGCAGCAUCAGAAACUGAUGAUAAUGAACGAGAAAUGAAAAGUGCUAGUCAAGAAACGUUCGACUACCCUAUGUCUAUCGUGACUAGGCCAAGAAGGAAAGACUUAAUUACCCAGAAGCUAGAACUUUUGAAUGACUUACCACUACCUGUCAUGAAAGAAAUAUGGAAAGAGGAUACGCCACAUCCUCAUCCGAUGCCACCAACAGUGUCCGGUAUUUUGGAGGUUCGAAAUUUUACUGAACAACCACAUACAAAUCCAAUGAAUUGCCUUUAA